UCGUCACUACGCACAAACAUGAAAAAUAAGGGAAUAUAGAAUUCUAAUGUAAUAAGUGAUGUAUUUAAAUCUUUUAUAUUAUAAUUAUAAAUAAUUAUAUAAUAUAAAUUAUGUAUAUAAAUAAUUAUUGUUAGAAUAUACUGCAUAUACUUCGUAUAUUGAAAUGAACAAAAAAAAUAUUAAAAUUACAUAAUAGUGAAAAAAAGAAACGUAUCUUUCAUACGAAACACAUACUUUAUAAAUUUCUAUGUUCAAUGACAGAUAUUAAUAAAAGUAAUUUUUUAACAAAGAAAGUUUAUAAAUAUAUUUGUUUUUUUUACUUUAUUUUACUUGUUCUUUAAAUAGAAUAUGCACACUAAAGAAUGUUGCAUACUUUGUUUUUUUUUUUUACAAUCACUCACGUAUACAAAUACAUGGGAAAGUAUCGCGUUGCGCGUUUACUUGGCGCAAAACUACCAUAUCUCUUGAUAAUCUCAUAUAAGUAUUCAUUUUAAUGAUGUUUUAUGAUAUACAUUAGGUAAAAUAAACUCUUUCAUCACAAUGAUCAAAACUUUUGGUGUUAACAUUUUCGCAUAUAAGUUUCUUAAAGAAUUCAUGAUAACAAAGAAACAGUAAUUAUAUAGUUAGAAACAUAUCAUAGUUAUAUUGAAUAUAGUUAUAAACAUAUAUGCGUACAUUUGACUUACAUUCUUACAUUCUAUAGUUCGAUGCGAGUCGAGAAAGACAUGCUAUGAUGUCCCAAAAGAAACUGAAACCUUUUUUAUUGCUAGGAGACAAAAGAUAUAACUGCGCUUGCGUAGCAUAUUUAUUCAGCUUACACGUGAAGAAUAUUAUUCUCAAUUACGAAUUGAAAUAGUUCAGUCUAAUUCGCAUUUGAAUACCUCGCCAUUCGAAAUAAUAUAAUCGAUUUCUUUACAUAGUAGUUACCGACAUACGUGAAAAUAAGGAAAAUGUGCGUCUCUUAAAAUUCACAGACUUUAGAAUAGAAUAAUCAAACAAUUUAAAGAUCUUUUUCACAUAAUGUCGGAGUCCAUGUACAAAACGCGUGCUCAAGAGCGCUAUAACCAAGUCUAUCGAAUUAUACUUAAGUCUCUUGGCAUAUGGCCCUAUCAACAAACAUGCUUUGUACGACUGCAGCAAAUGUUCAAUACUGGUGUUCUUGUGUUAUUUAUUCUUGCUCAGUCGCUGGUAUUCAUUACGAACCAAUACGAUAUAAACCUUCUCCUAAAGAUUUUCUCAUUUUUAUUUCCUAAUCUUUUCGCUACAGUAAACUAUGUCGGUUUUAUUGUUAUGGCAGAUAACUUAAAAAUAUUACUUGAUCAAAUACAAAAUGACUGGAAUUUAUUGAAAGAUAAGUUGGAAAUUGAUAUUAUAAAAAAAUAUGCUUGCAACAUGAGAUUAUUCGCAAUAUCUGUAAUUGUGUUUUGCUAUCUAGUCAUGUUAAGUUGUGGAAUAUUUGAAAGUAUUCCGUUGAUCCUUGAUAUUAUAUUACCAUUAAAUGAAUCACGACCAAUUAAACUCAUGGCGAUGACAGAAUACUUUAUCGACCAGGAAAAAUAUAUUUACUAUUUAAUGUUACACGAGUCACUAACCGGUUACAUAGGAAUGCUCUCAUUAUGCGGCAUUGGUGUGAUACUCGUAAUGGUUUGCAUGCACUCAUGUGCACUGUUUAAAAUUGCAAGCUAUCGAAUAGAAAACGUGAUCGACAAAAGUGUGCUUCCUAGAAGAGAGUAUCUCCUUUAUCAAAGGAUUGUACAUGCGGUUGUUAUGCAUCAAAGAGCCAUUGAGUAUCUUGAUUUUGUAAAUUCCAUUUUUGCGACAUAUUUCGUUAUUCUAAUCAUAAUUGGUGUCUCUUCUUUUAGUAUCAACCUUUUUCAACUUUUUCAAUAUAUAAGAUAUUCAAACGAUAUUCGUAUCACAAUUAUUUCUCUUGUAAUUACAAUGUUUCAUUUGACAUAUAUGUUUACUCUUAAUUAUCCCGGACAAGAAAUGAUAAAUCAGGGAUUAUAUUUCUUCAAAGCAUGCUAUAAUAAUCUAUGGUACGUAGCGCCUUUGCAUAUACAAAAAUUAUUAUUGUUUAUAAUGCAAAGAGGAUCAAUAGAUACUACUUUUGUAAUUGGCAAAAUAUAUGUUGGAUCCUUUGAAGGUUUCGCAACGCUAAUGAGUACGGCAAUAUCUUAUUUCACAGUGAUUUAUUCUACACGAUAACGAAUGGGAAAAAAAGUUAUUUUCAGUUAGGUAUAUCUUUAAGAGAUUAGUGAAAUGAAUAAUGUAAAAUAAAUAGAUUAGAUUAUAUUAGAUUAUAUUAUAUAUAUUAUAAACGUUACAUAUGAGUUAUGUUGUACUUUUAUUUACUAUUUUUUUAUUUAUUAUGUUAUGACUUUAAUGGAAUUAAAGUAUUGGGUUAUGAAAUAUUUCCUAAUCUAAGUUUUCUGUAAGAUAUAUUACAUUUUAAAGGCUAGCUAAAAUUAUUAUUAAAAGACAUAAUACUUUUUAAAAUAUUUUUGAAAAUAUUAGAUCAAUUUUAAAAACUAAUAGAUUUUAUUUUAUUGCUCAUUUGAGGGCCGUGCACGCAGAUCUCUCUGUUGUGUCGAUCCGGCAGCAGAAAACAAUCGGUACUAACAAUAAGUGCAAUUCACUUUUAUUGCUCUUAGCCGACUCGACGCUUCGCAAAAAAUAACUCAUGAAAAUUUUACCGUGCCACGGGCGUGACAUAAUGAGAGAAAAGCUUAUUGAAUACUUUGUAUUACACGUAUAAGAGAAACUUCAGAAAAAUUUUGAAAUAUUUAUUAUGUACUUUGUAAUAUAUAUUAUUCUUACAAAUA